UUCUAGCAAAGGUGGUUUUUGAGGAAAUAAAUAAAUAAAGAAUUCGUUGAAACAUUAAUUCACCAUGCGAGAAAGAUUUAUCGCAGUGGCAGGAUAUGUUGGGCUGCUUGCAACCUUAGCGGUCUUGGGUCAGGAGUCCUAUGAACUCUGCAAAAAGUGCAACAGAAGCAACCUUGGCACGCAGGACCCCAGGAUCUUUUACAAUCCUCAUCUACGAGCGCUUCCAACACGAGACGUCUCCUAUCUACCUGAAGAUUACAUCGAGGAGCAUGAACAAGACCAACAACGAUCUCUUAAUCGAGACAAUAGAAAUUUAUUGCCUGAGUACCGUAGCCUAUGCAAAAUUGUAACGAAAAAAGUACGCCUAGAUGAUACCGAGUACGAAUAUCAACCGCCACAUUACCACGAGGUCUAUUGUAAAAACUACUCUUUGAUAGAGAACCUACAACACACUAUAAAUCGACCCAAGCAGGAAUGCGUGCAACCCGGUUUUCACUGUGUGCAAAGAAGCAAAACUUUGUUCUUCGUAAGGCGGCGAUGGGACAGCGAGUGUUGGGAACCUUUCGUCAAGGAAAUUGCCAGCGGCUGUGAUUGCAUGUGGCCAGUGUCUGCCCUCGGAGAUAUAACUGAUCAUUAUUAAUUUCCAUUUAAAUGA